AUGGCUGACCAUCUUUUACAUUAUAAUGACUCGGCUGGGGUUGGGAACAGAUUCGCCCGUAAAGGUGCUUUGCGGCAGAAAAAUGUGCAUGAAGUAAAAAACCAUAAAUUUAUUGCUCGGUUUUUCAAGCAACCAACGUUCUGCAGCCACUGUACAGACUUCAUAUGGGGAUUUGGGAAGCAAGGAUUUCAAUGCCAAGUUUGCUGUUUUGUGGUCCACAAGCGGUGCCAUGAGUUUGUCAGCUUCUCCUGUCCUGGAGCCGACAAGGGUCCUGACACAGACGAUCCCAGAAGCAAGCACAAGUUCAAGAUCCACUCCUACGGCAGUCCAACCUUCUGCGACCACUGUGGCUCUCUGCUGUACGGACUCAUCCACCAGGGCAUGAAAUGUGACACCUGCGACAUGAACGUGCACAAGCAGUGCGUGGUCAACGUGCCCAGCCUGUGCGGGACGGACCACACGGAACGCCGAGGCCGCCUCUUCCUCAAGAUCGAGGUCAGCGGGGACCGGCUACACGUCACAGUCGGUGAAGCCAGGAACUUGAUUCCGAUGGAUCCUAAUGGCUUGUCGGAUCCGUACGUUAAACUCAAACUCAUCCCAGACCCAAAGAAUGAGACCAAACAGAAGACCAGGACCAUCCGCUCUUCACUCAACCCCUGCUGGAACGAGUCCUUCACCUUUAAGCUGAAAGCAUCAGAUAAGGACCGCCGUCUGUCCAUUGAAGUGUGGGACUGGGACAGAACCACGCGCAAUGAUUUCAUGGGCUCCAUGUCGUUUGGCGUGUCGGAGCUCCUCAAAGCCACCAACUGUGGAUGGUACAAGCUGCUGAACCAGGAGGAAGGGGAGUACUACAACGUUCCCAUUCCCGAGGUGGACGACGUCAACCUGGAGCUCAGGCAGAAGUUUGAGGCCUGCCAGUUAAAUAUCCACUAUCUGAAGAAAGCCAAACUAGGCCACGGUAAGAAAGUGAUCACACCUUCGGACCACCGGCGGUUCAGCCUGCCCUCAGGUAUGGACCGGGUUCGACUCAGUGACUUCAACUUCCUGGCCCUGCUGGGGAAGGGCAGCUUCGGCAAGGUUAUGUUGGCGGAGAUGAAAUCGACAGAGGAGCUCUACGCCAUAAAGAUCCUGAAGAAAGACGUUGUGAUCCAGGACGACGACGUUGAAUGUACAAUGGUGGAGAAGAGAGUCUUGGCCCAGAGAGACAAACCGCCCUUCCUCACACAGCUGCACUCCUGCUUCCAGACCGUGGAUCGGCUGUACUUUGUGAUGGAGUACAUUAAUGGAGGAGACCUUAUGUAUCACAUCCAGCGUAUGGGGAAGUUCAAGGAGCCGCAAGCAGUGUUUUAUGCAGCCGAGAUCGCCGUGGGUUUAUUUUUCUUACAUCGAAAGGGAAUCAUCUACAGAGAUCUGAAGCUCGACAACGUCAUGCUGGACUCCGAAGGACACAUCAAAAUCGCCGACUUCGGCAUGUGUAAAGAGAACAUGUAUGAAGGGAUGAACACGCGCACGUUCUGCGGCACCCCAGACUACAUCGCGCCAGAGAUUAUAGCGUAUCAACCUUAUGGUAAAUCAGUGGACUGGUGGGCUUACGGCGUCCUCCUGUACGAGAUGCUGGCAGGACAGCCGCCGUUCGACGGCGAGGACGAGGACGAGCUCUUCCAGUCCAUCAUGGAGCACAACGUGUCCUACCCCAAGUCCAUGUCCAAAGAAGCCGUGUCCAUCUGCAAGGGCCUGAUGACCAAGCACCCGUCCAAGCGUCUUGGCUGCGGCCCAGAGGGUGAGAGGGACAUCAGAGAGCAGGCCUUCUUCAGACGUAUCGACUGGGAGCGUCUGGCCAACAGAGAGAUCCAGCCUCCGUUUAAACCCAAAGUGUGUGGAAAAGGCGCGGAAAACUUCGACAAGUUCUUCACGCGCACCCAGCCCGUGCUGACACCGCCGGAUCAGCUGGUCAUCGCCAACAUCGACCAGAGCGAGUUCGCCGGCUUCUCCUACAUCAACCCUCAGUUCAUCCACCCGUCCCUGCACAGUGUGGUAUGAGGCGUGAAGCAACGCAUGACUGUCGCUGAAUACAAGAUCCUUCCAAUCUCUACCAAACAACCCCUGCUGUCAGCAGACCCUCACCGUCCUCUGCAGCGUUCUGUCUACUAGUUAUCAGCACCUGUGCAUAGAAACGACGGACGAGAGAGGAAGUGUUGAAAUGAUGUUAAAUACAAUCCGAG